CUCUCCAUCUCAACACUUGCGACUUCGAUUAUUAAGCUGUGACAUUAAGAAAAAUGGCAAGCCGUACUGCUCAGAAUAUUGGAAACCAGGGUGGUGACAUCACAGGUCAAGCUCAGGUAAAGAAGGAUGAGACCAUGAAUCAGGCAUCCCAGGGCACCAACACUCAGUCUUCUGACCAGAACUCUUCUAUUGCUUCCCAGGCCACCAACUUCCUUCAGCAGACAGGAGAGCAAGUGAAGAACAUGGCACAGGGAGCAGCUGAUGCAGUAAAGAACACUUUGGGAAUGAACAAUGACAACAGCUCCAAUGCCCCCAGCACCAACCAUCCAAGCAACCCAUCUCCCAGGACUUGAAGCGUUUCCACAAAGCUUGUCUGCUUUGCCUGCAGGGUCCUUUUGCUAGAGCCAUUUGCUAUCUAUAUCUCCGUUUUGGAGAUAGUCUAUCUUUUUUAAUUUGUUUUAUUUUCUUGGAAAUGUAAGAGGGUUGUCAUCUCUCUUUGUCGCCUCUAAUGUUCUUUGAAUCAAUUCCAAGUUAAUUUGAACUUGACUUAAUUUAUUCCUUUUAA